AUGCUUGGUGCAAUAGUAAUAGAUAAUGGUACAGGUACAUGUAAAUCAGGCUUUAGUGGUGAAGAUACACCUCGAGCUAUUUUUCCAGCUAUUGUCGGUCGACCAAAACAUCAAAAUAUAAUGCUUGGUAUGAAUUAUAAAGAUUUAUAUGUUGGUGAAGAAGCUCAAGGUCGUCGUGGUAUACUUUCACUUCAAUAUCCAAUUGAACAUGGUAUUAUAAUGAAUUGGGAUGAUAUGGAAAAAAUUUGGCAUCAUAUAUUUUAUAAUGAAUUACAUGUUCAACCAGAAGAACAUCCAUGUUUAAUAACUGAAGCACCACUUAAUCCAAAAAUAAAUCGAGAAAAAAUAACACAAAUUAUGUUUGAAAAUUUUAAUAUACCAGCUAUUUAUAUUGCUAUACAAGCUAUUCUUUCACUUUAUUCUUCAGGUCGAACAACGGGUGUUGUUCUUGAUUCUGGUGAUGGUGUAACACAUAGUGUACCAAUCUAUGAAGGAUAUUCACUUCCACAUGCAAUAGUUCGUCUUGAUUUUGCUGGUCGAGAUAUAACAAAUUUUCUUUUACAAUUAUUAAUGAAACGUGGUUAUAAUUUUACAACUUCGGCUGAACGUGAAAUUGUUCGUGAUAUAAAAGAAAAAUUAUGUUAUAUUUCAUUUGAUUAUGAAAAAGAAAAAUUAACUAGUAUUAAAACAAAUAUAAUUGAACGUAAUUAUGAAUUACCUGAUGGACAAAUAAUUCGUAUUGGUUGUGAACGUUUUCGUGCACCAGAAAUUUUAUUUAAACCAUCAAUUAUUGGUUUAGAAAUACGUGGAAUACAUGAAAUAACAUAUUCAUCAAUAAUGCAUUGUGAUAUUGAUAUACGUCGUGAACUUCUUAAUAAUAUUGUUUUAUCAGGUGGUUCAACAAUGUUUUUAAAUAUUCAUGAACGUUUACAAAAUGAAAUUGUUCGAAUGACUCCAACAUCAGUUAAAAUAAAAAUUAUUGCACCACCACAACGAAAAUAUUCUGUUUGGAUUGGUGGUAGUAUUCUAUCAACUCUAUCAACUUUUCAACAUUUAUGGUUAACAAAACAAGAUUAUAAUGAAUAUGGAUCAACUAUUGUUCAUCGACGUUGUUUUUAA